AUGUCGGAAACAAUGUUUGCACAAGCCCUCAUGUCGGGCUUGGAGAAGCGCCCCUCCAGACUCAGCAGCGACCACGUCUCGGACCCCAGGAAAUACCCUGCCCAAGCUCCCUACACCCUUCCCAAGCCUGUCCACCCCUUCCCUCGCCGUCAAAGGCCCACCGCCGGACAACAGUCGCAAUCCGUCAAUGUCACCCUCAGGCCACUCAAGGGCUCUGACCAGCUCGACCUUCAAGCCCAAUCUCCCAACACCACCGUUCUCGACCUCAAGACUCAGUACGCCCAAAAGUUCAGCCUCGACAAGACCAAGAUCAAGCUCCUCUUGAACAAGAGACCAUGCACCGACCUCAAGACCCUCAAGGACGUCCUUUCUGAUCCUCUUCCCACAAACGCAGACUUUAGCGUCAUGCUCCUCGCUGGUGCUUCGACCCCAAGCCAAGCUUCCACUCCUGCUCCAGCUUCACCUGUUGUCAAAGCCGAUGACGCCCAGAAGCCGCCUCCUGACUCUGCUCCAUUUUCCGAACAUGCACAAGCUGAAGCCGAAGCUCUUCCUCACGCCCAUGACACCGCCAGUCAGAUGUUGCAGUCUGACGAGUUCUGGGCUGAUUUGAAAGACUUCUUGGUCCAAAGGCUGCGUGAUGAGAAUCAAGGCGAGAGGCUUGUCAGCCUGUUCCGCCAAGCCUCUACUUAA